GUUCAUCAGCGACCACACAUCACACCGUCAGCGGGGGAAGGUGUGACAAUGUGUUCAUCCCGAGGACUGACUGGACCGUCCUGGGAUUGAGCCGGCGUCGCCUUUAUUGGAUAUUUUACGGUUGAUUUCACUUAUUUCCCUGCCUCCUGCUGGGAUUCAAGUGGUCAGAAAUAUCAUGCAGAUUUAUUUUGUUGGGUGCAAGAUGAUAUUAACGGUUCAUUCUUAAUUGUUUUUGGGGCCUAAUGUGCAUGAAGACAGACACAAAAGAAUCAGCCAGGAUGGUGACAGUCAUUGUGAUCACACUCAGCUUCCUGUUCACCGCAGUUAUUUCUGCCCCUGUGAAAGUCAACGAGGACUCCAUGACCUUGUUCUACGGGGAGGAUUUUCACAUCAUGCUGCCCUCGCUCGGGGUGGAGGUCACGUUUCGGAACAGGUCUGCUCAGCGGUUGGCUGAUGUGGUCCUGAUGCGGGGCGGUAUCGUGGUCAACAAUCGGACCAAGCUCAACCGCCAACUCAGCCACCUCAUUAUAGACGCCGUGGGUGAGGGAGAUGAGGGCGUGUACAUGGUGAAGAAUCCAGAGAAGCCAGAGGACGUCAGACACAUCACGCUUAUAGUCCGAGAUUGCUCCAACGAGCAGAUCAUUAAAUAUGGAGACAACUACCAUAUUUCGCUGUUGGGGGUGGCUCCUCCCAUCAUGCUGGAAUACAGGUCCAGUGCUGUGGAGGCCAACCAGACAUCUAGACCAGCUCUGGUGCUGCUGACCAGAACAGGGUUGUCCAGGGAGGGCUACCAGGGUCGUAUCAGCGUCAACGAGCGCCAGGUCACCCUCAGUGCUGUCACGGGUGCAGAUGAGGGUAGCUACACUGUCAGGGAUGCCGAAGGUGUUAUCCAAAAGAAAGUGUGUCUCAACGUCAAGGAGCACCAAAACUUUUUGACCCUGCCAUACGGUAAAAGACUGAAGAUCAACCUGGUACUCAACAGCUCAUUGGUCCACCUCUACUACAGCCCUGACUAUGACCCCACACCCCGUUUGCUGCUGGACAAGGGAGAAUUUACAAGCGCUCAGACGGAGCUGGGUCUCGAGGAACGUCUCUCUAUAGAGGGUUCAUUGGUUUUUCUAGAUCACGUCAAGCGUUCAGAUGCAGGCCAUUUCAAAAUCACUGACAUACUGGGAUUCACUGUGUCCAGCAUCUACCUGGAAGUAGAACCCUACAAGCUAGAAUCACUGUAUGUGGCCAUCAUUGCCCUGUUGGGCCUGCUGGUUUUCCUUCUGCUGGUUUGCCUGCUGUCCUGCCUGAUCAAGGUGAAGAAGAGGGCCAAGAGGGCUGCUGCCCUGGAGAAGAUUGCCCAGAACGCUGGCAAAGAGGAUGAAGGAGAGGCUUUCAGACAGGUGGUGAAGAACAUCACCAAACUCAGUGAGGAAUCCAAGCAUUCCCAGGCUGACAAUACAGAGAAAUCUCAGAGCACUGAGGUGGACAUUAAAGGUCUCGAGGUUUCCUCUAAAGAAGUUGGAAUCGGUAACCUAGAGACCAGUGACUCUGGUGUUGGCUUUAACACCGCCCUCCCACUGGACACUGACACUGAUGCCCCUGAACAAAUCCCCGACUCUGAGGCUUUAAGCAUCUCUGUGGGUCCUGAAACCAAACCAAGUCCACCAUCUGCUGCUGAGUCUAAGCCAAGUGCUCCACCAGCUAUGGAAAUUAAGCCCAGUCCAGUAGCCGAAACUAAAGCCAGCCCAACACCUGAGACCAAGAAAACCCCUGAUCAACCUGUGGAAGUGAAGCUGGAUGUGCCGGAACCUAGAGAAGUUAAGCUUAGCCCAGCCCUGAGCCCUGAGCCCAAGGAUGGUCUGAGUCCAGCUGAUCCAAAGCCUCCACCCAGCCCAGGCCCAGAGCCUAAACCAGCUGCUCCUAAAUCCCCAAUUCCUGAAAGUAAGAGCACCCUAACUCCCACACCUGAGCCCACCAAACCGACCACACCAGAACCUAUCACCAACGGUACACCUGAACCAGGUCCGGAUACCAAACCAAGCCCAGAUCAUGCUGAAAUUAUCGGAGGCUUGGGUCCAAAAGCAGCCCCUCCUAAAACCCCUGAAGUGGAGCUGAAAUCUGGCGGUGGCGUAUUAGAGGCCAGCAAAGAUGGCACUGUGGCUGAGGAUUCAACCACCACCUGAGAACUGCCCCUGCAAAAACACAAGGGAAGCCCCACAGAUCUUCUCCAUCUACCACCACUGUAGACAAUCGAACACCCCCUGCCAAAUAAAGAAAAAUCCACUGAAACUGGGACGAGGGCUUUGAUUUAACAUGUCUAAUGCCUGAACACAAUAUUACCUUGAUAAUGGUAUCUCACUUGUCUAUAACUAACUCAUUACCUUUGAGACAUUCUGAUUCAGAAACACUUUACAAAUGUGGCUUGUUGAUUGUUAGACAUUUUAGUUGUACACACCUUGCUGGUGUUUUUUGGUAACUUCACAGUAAAACUGCCAGACUUCAAAUGAAAUCCUUUGGAGAGUUUACAACUAAAAUGUUAACUCCACAUCAGGUCUUUUCUAACAUGAUGAGUUACCCAGAAAGGUUUACAAGAUUUUUUUAAAACAAGGACAUACUAGAUUUCCUUUUUUGACCCUAACUAACCAUCCUUUCCCAUUUGGAUGCUUCCUCCUCUAUCAGCAUGUGGAUAAAAAUGCAUUCAAUUUUCAGCCACUGUCGUCUCAAACCUACUAAAAUGUGUGAUGACAUUCUUUUGAUUGGACAUAAUCAAAACAGAAAUGAAAGCCCUUUUGAUUACACAAACCACAUUCUGUUGUUGGCAUUUUGUACAUAGCUUAAAUGUGGAUGCUAUAUGCCUGUGCCAGUCCUCUGGCUUCAGAAAUAUCUGUAAUGUGCCAUCACAUUUUGCAUAACUUUGGCCACACAAGAAAACCUACUAAUAAUACUAACGCCACUAUUUAUAGUCUCAGACUGAGAUUCAGACCCUCAAUCUCAGAUGAUUAAAAUGUGUUUUGCAGACUGAUCCCUCAAGUCCGGAUCAACCCUUUUAUUGCCUUUGAUCUGAAUUUUUCCGGUGGCUCUCAAAAUCUCAUUUCUUAUAGUCUAAUAGAAAGCUCAUGCCAGCAGAAAUUCCAGGGCACUUAAUGGGACUACCAUGUUCCUACUGUACGUUGGACUUUCCAAAGGUGAAAUACUGAAUGAAAGUGUUUGGUAGUUCAAGCAGUUACUAGAAUGUGCUUGCUUGUUUCUUUGUUUUUGUUUUUUUUCAUUAUCCUUCCCUCCUUCCUUGCCUUUGUUGAGGCCUGUCUUUUGGCUGUCUUUUCUUCCUUGAUCCUCCCUUCUUUCCAUCCGUGUUUCUCUUCUUCUCUUUCUAGGUAUCAUUUUAAACUACUUACUUCUUGACUUAGUUCAAACUAGAUAAUGCUAAUCCUUAAUGCUUAAAUAUUUGGCUUUGUUGACAAGGACAGAUAGUAGUUCCUGUGUCUUGGGGCCGCUAAAAUUUGGCAAAAGCUUAAACAUUUAUACCAAGCAUCUUUAAUAUCUCCAAAAUAGUGCUAUGAAGCCUUUAUCUUUGCCAGGACAUUGUCUGUCCAGAGCUGUUCUAUAUGAGUUUGCAGAUAUGUGGAUGUUCAGUAAACACGAAUGAAUCUUAGUUGAAACUCUUGUAUGGUAAAGAGGAGGUGUGCAGAUACAUUUUUCAUGUGACAAAAUGCAUGUCUCUACCUCAUGUUUUAACUGACCGCUGAACAAAAAAACAGUCCAGGUUUUAUGCACUGAAAUCAACAAAAAGCAUUUUGGAUUUUUGAGAAAAGCACAAUAAGACAGCCAUGAUAAUUCAAUGAAAUGAUCAGUGAAAUGUAGGAAAGUUGCAAGAAGUAGAUCGAUUGAAAACCAACCGGCCUUUCUUGGUAGCUUUCCUGACAAAGAGAUUUUUCUUACAAGUAAAUUAAUAUCAGACGAGAUGUGUCAGCAUUUUAACAAGCCAUUAGACAAGAUAGGUUUAGAUGUCAGAUUUGAUACAAAGAUAUCAAAUCUAAAAUACUAAGUAAAACUACAAAAAAAUAUUUAAAUAAAUAAAUAAAAAUCAAGGUGCCUCAAUGUUACAUGGACAGACAGCAUCAGACUUUCAGGUCACAUGCAUUAAAAAUGAACAAAGGCAAUCUAAUGAUUAGAUAAUGAAAACCAAUGGAUAUGCCUCAAUUCCAGCCUGGACCUGUGAAGGAACCACCACCAACCCAUUUUGGCAAUACUGAAAAUGCUCUUUAUACAGAUAUACAGACACACACAGAUACAAAAACCAGACACAUACACUCCAGCCUUGUAAAUAUUGCAUGUGUACGCCAGCUUAACCCCCUUAAGGCGGAAUAUUUUUGGUGUAUAGAACGGUCGUUGUAUUAUACUUAAUAAUAAAAAAGAAAACUAAUUUAAAUUUCUCACCAACCUAAAAUCCAGGAUACAGAAUAUAUACACAUAAUAUAUACUAUUUACACUAAUAUUCACUAACGUCUUGAACUAAUUUAAAAACCAAAUAUUGUAAAAAUCCAUCAAGUCUAUAUUAGAUCUUUUUAGAUCAAUUAUCUGCUAUUAUUGCCAUUCCAAACUGAUGAUACUCACGGCUUACAGUGUCUCUCACAGUAUUUACAUGUUGUAUUAAAAUGUUUAACCUGUGUCACUUAAAGCAUUGACUGCAGCAUGCCCAUGACAUGUCCCCAACAACAGGCUUAUAUUGUCCUAAAGUUGUUUCCGUGUGUGUGACCAAAUGAGUGAUGUUUUACUGUUGCCCUCAUUGUGCGCUGGGGAUUUGUGUGUUUAAGUGUGUAUGCCUAUGAUGCACGCAUGUAUGAGCGCGAGUGGUUUAUGACUGAGUGUGUGUGCUGUUUGUAAAGAAUGAAACUACUGUCCUUCACGCGAGCUUCUCCAUCUGUUGUGAGUAAGGUAUCCAUGUGCCUGCUUAAAUCGUGUUGCAAUGUGAAAACAAGUGCUGUGCUGAACUCAUGAGUAUGAAUGUGUUUAAAACCACAAAAAAAAGGUAAAAGAUAUUGUAACUUUGAGAUACCUGAGUGAUUCUUAUCUUUGUUUUAGUGCUCAAAAUGUGUAUUGGAUAGUCGGUCUGUAUUCUGUCAUUAGCUGACACCUCUAAGAGCACCUUUUUCUCAAUAGGUAGGGUAUUCACAGAUGUAGAACACUGUUAACACACCUGACUGAACAAAGUGAUAUCAACUGACUGGCCUAUGAUAUGAUAAUGUUUAGGAGAUAUGUGACAUGUUGUAGGCAAAUGUUGACGAUGAAAGUCUGACUUUCAGGCUUCCCAGGAAGAUUAUGUGUAGCAUAAGGAAUUGUGAGUGCGCUUUAUUUGCGAGUGAGGGGCACCAUUCCACUGCACUGAUCGAGUCUGUGGCACAUUUCAGAGUAUAUUGGGGAGUUCUUGACGACAGCAGAUGAAUGACAAAGCUUUGUGUGAGCAACGCUGACAGUUAUGUUGUGAUAAGCAACUGAUGAAAGACCGCUUGAACAGCAUUUUUGUGCACCACCUCCACUGAAUAUUGUCAGUGACUGUAAUACCAAGCCACUCAGAGUGAUUAGGGCUGUGAGAGAGGCAUAUAGUGCAUUAGUGGGUAGGAUGAGCCUUUGGUUUACACAUUACCACUAUCUCAGAGAAGGCUCAGUCUAGUGGGAUUGGAGUUAUUAUAUCUAACAGGUGCCAGAGAGUGUCUGGCUUCAUACACACCUCAGAUAAACCACUAAUAGAAACCACUACUGUUAAUACCACUGGCACUUCUUGCACUAUGUGAGUUGUCUCUGCCCUGAUUCUCUCUGUUUACUUCUGCUGUUCUGUCGUGGGUGUGGUAUGAUGUUCCUCAUGUUCUCUCUGUAUUCCCUUUUUUGCACAACACUUCACACACAGAUGUUUUGUAAAGAAAAUUGUUUUUUUUUUUCUUUAUUUCACGUCUAAAGGAAUACUAAGAAUAAACAAAAGAUUAUGACAUUCGCUGUGCUUUUGUCUUCGUUUUCUUACUCUCUGAUCGACAAACUUGCCGAAAGACAGUUUAGUCUCAGAGCUGUCCACUCCAUCUAAGUCAGAGAUCUCACUCAGUGUCAGCCAUCAUUUGUUCUGAGUGUCACGCGCCACUACACCCAAAACCUCGCCAGGACAUGUCAUAGCAGAGCAGGCACAUAAAGAUAUUUAUAAACAGACCAAAGUUAACAUCAUAAUGCUGUUAACACCUGCUAUAGAACCUUAAGAUCCAGGCUGGGUACAAAUUAUCUUCCCCAU